AUGGCACCUAAGAGACGCAUCUCUACACCUUCGGCAGCGCAGCGCAAUCAACAAGCGACCAUCUCGUUUAGCAAGCAGGGUCUCAACCGCGUCACCAAAACCACUGCUCAGCGCGACUCCAAGCCCACCAAGAAAAACGACGCUCUGCUAGAAGCAGUAUCAACUCAUGCUAUCAGCCGACCCACCACAGCCGAUGCUGCCAUUGAAGAACAAGCCGAAGCCGAACUUGUCAACAUCAAAGCUCCGAAAAGCGAGCCCCACUCUAGCGACGAGCCUGAUGACUAUGAGAAGCGCGCCAUCAAGAUCACCAAUGCUCAAAUCAAAAAGUACUGGGAGCAAAAGGAAGCUGAAAGAAAAGCACCUCGUGUUCAUCAACAGGGACUCGACAUGUCGGAAAAGAUCCUGAGGGAGUUUGACAUGAGUGGACAGUACGGCCCGUGCAUUGGCAUUGCCAGAGUCAAGCGCUGGAGGAGAGCCAACACUUUGGGUCUCAAUCCUCCCAUCGAAGUGCUGGCAGUCUUGCUCAAGGCCAACGACAAGGACAAGAGCAGAAUGCAGCGCGCUCAUGUUGACGAGUUGAUGAGCUCGAGAUUCAUCGAGACAUAG